AUGGCGCACGAUGUGUUUUCUGCUGGAACUGAUACUUCGUCCAAUGCUUUGGACUGGACGAUGGUGGAGUUGAUGAGGAAUCCAUCAGUCAUGAAAACAUUGCAAAAUGAAGUGGGAGAAGUUGUCGGAAGGAACUGCAACAUAGUUGAAGAAGAUCUAGCGAAAAUGUCCUAUUUAAAAGUCGUGAUGAAUGACAAUCUAAGACUGCACCCGCCGGUGCCGUUGCUAGUGCCGCGCGAGUCGACCAAAGACACAGUAAUACUAGGUUAUGAUGUGGCGGUCGGCACUCGUGUCUUGGUCAAUGCAUGGAAGAUAGGAAGGGAUCCGACAUUGUGGAAGGAUCCUGAGGAAUUUCGUCCGGAAAGGUUCCUUGAAUCGAGCAUAGACUUCAAAUGGCUUCAUUUCGAGUUGUUGCCAUUCGGGGCGGGGAGGAGAGGCUGCCCCGGCAUCGCGUUCGCGACGGCGGUUUACGAGCUGGCGUUGGCCAAAUUGGUGUGUAGUUUUGACUUUGGAUUGCCUAAUGGGGAGAGAGGGGAAGAUUUGGACAUGACGGAAGACUUUGGGAUUACUAUACAUAGAAAGUAUCCUUUGCAUGUUGUAAUCUCUCCGCGUGUUUGA